AUGCUCGGUUAUUUUGAACAAUCAUUGUUGAUCUACCCUCCUGGCAAGGAUCGUGACGGGCAACGCGAGGAGAAUCUGCAAGAUUCGGAUGUGUUCUCUCUAGGCUGGCAUCUCCCUCCUGAGUCAAAAGAGGCGCGUACGCUUCACUCGAAGAAAGCUGGCUUGCAAGAGCGGCUCGACCACCCUAUAGCUGGCCGUUACAAUUAUAAGACCAAUAUCUAUCAGAUGGCAGACAUGCUGCGAAAAUUUCGCGGAUGGUUCGAAGAAGAUGAACUCAGCGACGAGGCGAAGAAGCUCUUGGAGCAAGAUCUUGCUGGAGACUUCGAGACCCCUUCUAAAAAGGGUCAGGUUCGUCCCAAAGAGUUACGACAGGUUGUGCCCAACCUGAAGCUCUCUAAAGUCAGAUUCAACAGGGUCCUGGAGGCAUGCCUGCGCGAAAGUCCUGCUGAGCGGCCGGAGAUAGGCUGGCUACUGGCUCAAGCUGCCAUUGGCCUUGCUGAAGCUGGCAACACGCCUGAACAACCUGAUGAAGAUGUUUCUAGUGACUCUUAG